AACACAGGUUGACUGGAGACACCUGAAAAUGAUACUGUGAUGUACUUCAAGAUUCACAUGGCAAAAGGGCAUAGAGAUGGCAUGGUGUCGUCCAAUGAGAACAGGCGCCGGCCGCUGUCAUCGGGUGAGGUGGAGGGCGUGUCAUGGCACGGCCCACGGACCAUUUUACUCCAGAAGAACUCACAGGGAUUUGGCUUCACUCUGCGCCACUUCAUUGUCUACCCACCAGAGUCCUCCCUCCACAGCUUCAAGGAUGAAGAGAAUGGAAACACCACUGGAACAGGCUGUCAGUGGUCUCGUUUGGAGCCAAUGGACACCAUCUUUGUGAAGAGUGUCAAAGAGAAUGGCCCUGCUCAACAAGCUGGACUGUGCACAGGGGACAGGCUCGUGAAGGUGAAUGGGGAAAGCAUUCUUGGGAAAACCUACUCUCAAGUGAUUGCACUGAUCCAGAACAGUGAAAACAUUCUGGAGCUCUCUAUCAUGCCAAAAGAUGAGGAUGUGUUGCAGUUGGCAUACUCCCAGGAUGCCUACCUGAAAGGCAACAAGCCAUAUUCAGGUGAGGCCCAGAACCUCCCUGAGCCUCCACCUCUCUGUUACCCCUCCACCAAACACGGCUCUGUGGCCCCCAAGCCUGGCCACAACCUCCACGGUCUCCUGGACAACUGGCAGUGCCGAUCUGGCCCCACCACCUCGCUGCUGGAUAACCAACCCCCUGCUGCUUCUACCCCCUACUCUGGCUGGCCUGGGGGUCCCGAGGAUUCCAGUGGCCACUAUCCCCCAUCGGGGCAGCACAGAGGCCGCUCCUCUUCAGCCAUCAGCGCGCUGGACUUUCAUUUUGCCAACCACAAUGCUGCCAUUGCCUCUGCAACGCUGCCUCCACCAAGGAAGAACAGCCUGCCGGCCUCCGCCCGCACCUAUGCCGACACCAUCUGCCACCAGGCUCUGUCGGAGUGGUACUACAGCCAGGCGGAGGUCGCAGAGCACAUAUCCCCCCGCCACCGCAGCAUUUCUCAGGAUCGUUUAGCGGAGCUGGGCAUGGCGCUCGGCCCCGGACCUAUGUCUGCCCCUGCAGUGUCUUCAGAGCAACGCAGGAGAGAAACCCUCCUGUACCACCACCAGGCAGCUGCUGCAUCCCAUGAUUCCUAUUGGCUAGGUGGCUGGGGUGGUGUAUCAGGACCAGGAAGCAGGUCCUGCUCAGAGAGCCUGCUGGCAGCCUAUGCCGAAUACGAGGACAACUACGGGCGUUCUGUGGAAGCGCUGGCACAGGCCUCUGCACUGGUCUCACCUCGCUACGAACACACUGCACCGAGCUCAACAACUAAAUCCAGUGAACACAUUGAUCAGAAAGCCUCGGGAUGGCAGACCCAAAUCACAGUGACAUCCCCCUUCACCACCUCCUCCACAGUGCCUCCCAGUGGCAGGCAGUCAGGUCAGCAGGUAGCUGAACCUCAGACAAGGCGAGUAAAAGAGGAAGAGCUGGUGGGGUAUAAGAGCUACAGCCCUUCUUUCUCCCACAAAGCUGGCCACCUUCUCCAGCAGGCCCAUUCAUUCAGAGAGCCCAGCUACAGCGGCCCCCAUCUCAACUGGAGCCCCAGCAGCAGGAGCAGCCCUGCAGACAGUGGGGGGGGGGUGCCCAGGCCGCAGUCCACACCUGCCCUGUCUGCUUCAGAGGAGGAGAGAGCCCAGCUGGGGGAGGACAGAGAGGUCAUCUCUCCCAUCUCCAUCAAUCAGGAGGUGGUCCUCAGGCAGAAGCCUCCUUCAGGUCGCCGGACCCCCAUUCAAGCUCUUCGACAUCCCACCUACACAAAACAUGCAGAGUCACCGGAGGCCCCUGUUCUGACACCCUCACCAGGGACCCCCUCCCCUAUGUCUGUGGGGCCUGGCCCCAACCGCAAGGCCAAUGGUAGCCUGGCACAGCAUGCAUAUGACUCUCUGUCCUCUAUUCCCUUCAUAGAUGAACCCACCAGUCCUAGUACUGACCUACAGCCCUGCUAUGUACCAGCUUCCUCUGUGGUGUCCAGUUCCCAGGCCUCCACAAUGGCCACUCUCACUCUCACCUCUGUCUCCCCGACCUCCUCCUCCAUCUCCUCCUUUGUCCAACUUCAUUUUCAGGAUUGCAGCAGUAUUAAAGGUCGUCGCUCCUCCUACCUGCUCGCCAUCACCACAGAGAGAUCCAAGUCUUGUGAUGAGGGACUCAACACCUUCAAGGAAGAAGGUCGUGUCUUCUCCAAACUACCAAAAAGGGUGAAGAGCUUUUUCACUGAUGGGUCUUUGGAGAGCCUGCGAGCUCAGGAGGAAACCCGGUCCAAGCGCCAUUCCACCUCUGAACUGGGAACCAUUACAUUCAGUGACGUACGCAAGGAGGGCUGGCUACACUACAAACAGAUCCUCACAGAGAAAGGAAAGAAAGUUGGAGGUGGCAUGCGGCCGUGGAAACGCGUCUUCACCGUGCUCCGUUCCAAUCUGCUCUUCCUCUACAAGGAUAAACGAGAGGCGGUCCUUCACGGGGCGGGGGCAGGUCCCAGCCAGGACGAGCACCCCCCGGUCAGCAUCCGCGGCUGUCUGAUUGACAUCGCCUACAGUGAAACCAAACGUAAGCACACCCUGCGGCUCACCACACAGGACUUCUGUGAGUACCUGCUGCAAGCUGAGGACCGGGACGACAUGCUGGCCUGGAUCAGGGUCAUCAGGGAGAACAGCAAGACCGACAAUGAGGAGAUUGGUUUCUCCAGACAAGCUCUCAUCAACAAAAAGCUGAACGAUUACAGGAAACACAGUCUGACAGGAAACAAGCCGGACUCCUCUCCCAGAGUCCACCGUAUGAUGCCUCCCUUCCUCCUGGCGAAGACUGACAACACCUCAGUGAACCGCUCCUCCAAACCUGAGGACAACAAGGCACUGUGGGGCAUCAACAUCAUGAAGAAAGUGAAGAAGACUGGCAGUCCCAAGGCUUUUGGUGUGCGACUGGAGGACUGUCAGCCUGCUGUUAACCACAAAUUUGUCCCUCUGAUAGUGGAGAUGUGCUGUGGUGUGGUGGAGGCCACAGGUCUGGAGUACACUGGCAUCUACCGGGUGCCCGGGAACAACGCCAUGGUGUCCAAUCUUCAGGAGCAUCUCAACAAGGGCAUGGACAUCAACACAGCUGAGGAGAGAUGGCAGGACCUGAACGUAAUCAGCAGUCUUCUGAAAUCCUUCUUCAGAAAACUGCCUGAGCCUCUGUUCACUGAUGACAAAUACAAUGACUUCAUCGAUGCCAACCGGAUAGAGGACACAGAGGACAGACUGAAGACUAUGAAGAAACUUAUCCACGACCUCCCAGAUCACUAUUACCACACCCUCAAGUUCCUGGUGGGUCACCUCAGGAGGGUGGCAGAUCACUCAGAAAAGAAUAAGAUGGAGCCUAGAAACCUAGCUCUGGUGUUUGGUCCCACUCUGGUGAGGACGUCAGAGGAUAACAUGACCGAAAUGGUUACUCACAUGCCUGACCGCUACAAGAUAGUGGAGACACUCAUCCUGCAUUAUGACUGGUUCUUCAGUGAUGGAGGGCUCGAUAAGGAAGAGAAGGCCCCAGAAGAUAAGCGGGACAUGCAGCCUGUGCCCAACAUUGACCACCUGCUGUCCAACAUUGGCAGGCCGGGUAUGCCAGGAGAGGCAUCAGAUUCCACCACCAGUGAUUCACUUAAGUCAAAGCAUUCUUUGGGCUCCAAGAGAGACAUGAACGCCAGGGACUUCCUGCCCAAGUCCAUCAUCUCUGCUGUUACCCGCAAACGUAAGAAAUGCCUCAGUACCUACCUGCCAGGCAGCAGUGCUGACGAGGACUCUGAGCAUGAACCAAUCAAAGCGAGCAACUAUGGGGGAGGAGACGGAGGGGGAGGGGAAGAGAAAGAGGACAGAGGAGACGAGGAGGCAGACAAGAGAGAGCAUGUCAUUCCUAAAAUAGAAAAAUGGGAUGGAAAAGGAAAUGGGGUGAAAGAUGGAGAGACGGCUAAGAGAAAUGACUCAUUGGUGGCAGGAGAAGAGGCUGAAAAGGACGCUGGGGAGGAAACAGGUGAUGGCACAAAAAAAUUGGAAAGGGAGGGCAGUCAAAGAGCAACCCUGUCUGGUACCCCUCUACGUCCAAACAGUUUUCUCUACUCACACCAUCAAAUCUCCACAUACCCAAGACCCUCACCUGUGAUUAAUCCACCUUCCUACUUUAGACCUGACAAUCUGGCAAGUGGACGCCCCACAGUCCCUUUCUGGAUCUCCCCCACCAGGCUUCCCGGUCUGUACCAUGCCUGUAGCUUUAAGGGUACCCAGCAGGCAGGCUGGUCCCAACCACCGCUGGUCCGCUACAGGAAGACCAGAGGUGGGAGGACCAGGGCUGUGUCUAUGAAUCUAGACCUUGAGAUGAGCAGGAAUGAGGACAGAGUCAGAGGGUGGAUAACAGAGAGGGUGGAGGUGAUCAGAGUCAUUGAGGGAGCACCAGGUCAGCAUGGAUGUGUUGGGGUUCCUCAGGGAUCAGUUGUAGGCCCCAAGUCAAUUCAGAAAAUAGAUCCCAUCCCUGGUCUUGCCCAGAGGGCUCCCCCUCUCUCCCCUUCCUCUUCAGGAUGGGUAGAUCAGAAUAGCCCAGGAUCCUCCACUGUGGUCCUAAGGAGAUCGGCCCUGGAACCACGGGACAAGAUGAGAGCAUGGCGUCGUCAUACAGUGGUAGUUUAAACGUGUUUCAUCUACUAAUGCAGUACCAAGGAUUGUCCAUCUAACACUGGAUCACCUGUGUCACUGUUUCUAAAGCCAAGUGUCUGUCAUGGUAUGUGGGAGAUCUCUGCUGUCUCAAGACAGGAUUGGAUUGGAUUGGGUUGAAAUGGAUUGGACUGGAUUUGUGAUAUCGUUGGAGAUGCAAUCCCAUAGUGAAGGAAUCCCUUGACACUGUGAGCAGUUGAUGAGUUUCAUUCCAAAAUGAGAUCACCACCAUUAGAAAAAUGUGAAACUUACACUGAAAAGAAGACAGUAAUUCUACUGCUUUUGAAGCUAGUCAUUUAAUCCUUAAUUCACAAAACGGCUACAUACGUAAUUAUCCCGUCCUUUUAUACUGUUCAAAGAUCAUUAGGGUUGAAUACCAGGAGCUGAGACCCUGGUAUUUCCUGGCACCUGCAGGACCACAUAUGUUAGAACAGGGGUGUCAAACUCAGUUUCAUCCCAGGCCACAUCAGCAUUAUGGAUGACCUCUAAGGGCCAGUUGUAACUGUAAAACUAUAUAAAUGUAUCUUCUCUCUCAUAUCACAUAAUUGCUUCUGCAUUCAAUUAUUAUUAGUUUGAAUGAUAAUUUAAUUAAUAACUAGCUUUGAAAGGUAAGUUAUCAGGGGUGUGUGGCCGUUGCUUUUUUGCUUUUUUCUCUUUCACCAGUCCAACCAGUCCAGUUCUCUCACCGCAUACGGCAGGCUCAGCAUCGAUAAUAAGCCCGACCAACUUGACCUGGGAUAAUUUCAUUUUACUUACGAACUACUCCACCUCACUGAAAAUGUCCCUCUACCUUGUUGAGCACUGCCACUGCCUCAUAGCAAAGAAGACAUACCGGCUUGUCUCCAUUAAGCAAAAACAUGUAUUUGCUUUUACUUUUUUCCCCCAACCCCAUCACUGGCUAAAUAAAAAAAAAUGCUGUAGGAAAUUGCUGAUAUUGAGACACUGCCAUCCAGUGGCUAGAAGCUUUCAUUCAUUCAUUCAGGUAACAAAAUCAAGAUGAAUUCAGUCUACUUCUGUAAAGCAGCACAGGAUUGUAAUUUACAAUAAUCAUACUUUUUGAACGCUCUCGCUCGUGGGCCUUGAGUUUGACACCCCUGAGUUAGAAGGAAGGCACAGUCACACCAGAGAGUGGCCCAGUGAAGUUCAUUCCUGAGUCCUGGUAAAGUAGAUGGUGCUAGAAGUUUGGUGAUGUAGUGUGUAUUCACAACAUAGUUGGUGCACUAUUAUAGCUCGCAAGCUAACAGGCUAUUCAGGGCCAUGUUAGUUCUCAGUUACAGUAGUUCUCUGAGCUAGGUAGCCUGUUAAUUAACUGUUAGCUUGAUUGCUAACAGGAAGUAUGCUCACACAGUGUAUAACCAUCUGAAAAUCCAUUCCCUUUCUGUGGAGCAUUUUCCUCGUGCAGAGGGUGAAAAAAGUGAGCAGUUUAACACAGCUAACAAAGUCCAACCGCUUCCACUGUCUGGGCUCUGACCCUCCAUUCCCUCAAAGCUCAGAAUUAUUAGGAUAAAUUACUAUUGGUCAGAAGGGCAAAGUAGUUUCUGAUUCAUUUCACUCCAGUGAGUGAAUCCACAGCAUUUCCAUUCAAAUAAAUUAAAAUUGUUGCAAAAUUCAGCAGUUUUAAAUGC